AAAUUAAAUGAAAAUGAAAAAAUUUAAAAUAUUUCUAAAUGUUUAUCUCACCAUAUUAAUAAGCAUAUCCUGGUGCGCCGCGGAGGAUAUUGUGCUAAAAUGCGAUGAAUACAAUACGAAUAUUGGUGGCAUGGAGAAAUUCUGUACGGUAUCGGGUUUCCAAGUGACACACUCGCAAAAUGUUAAAAUACCGCCCUAUGUCAAGGCGAAUCAAACGAAUUUUAUGAAAUUUUACAAUUCCGUUCUCUUGGAUAUACCAGCAAAAUUAUUUGAUGUCUUCAGUAGUUUGAAAACUUUGGAUGUCUCAAACACCGAAAUAGAGGAUAUAUCACGUAAUACCUUUACAUCGGCCAGCACACUGACCACUUUGAAUUUAAGCCACAAUCAUAUAGAGAAAAUCAAUACUUCGGUGUUUGUGGGUGCUCACAAUUUAAUGCGUCUCGAUCUGAGCUACAAUAAGUUACAUACAUUGGGCUCUUUGGCCUUUCGUGGUCUCACCAAUAUGAACAAAGUGAUAUUGUCCAAUAAUUUAUUGUCUGUUAUACCAGAGGAUUUAUUUUUUGAGAAUACCUACAUGGAUGCCGUUUACUUGGACAACAAUCAAUUGGAAUUCAUUAAACCGGAAGUGUUUUAUCAUCUGAGACAUAUAAGGGAUUUGAAUUUAAGCAACAAUCGUUUGAAAUCAUUUGAUCCUCAGACAUUUCAACAUUCCUAUGGACCGGAAGUGUUAUUAUUGGCCCGCAAUCAGCUGGAAGAGUUUAGUUUGUGCAACAAAACCAUCACCAAGAAAUUAGAUUUGGAUUCGAAUAGAUUGACGUCAUUGGCGGUGAAUGGCACCAACUUCUUAUCGGCCAUAAACAAUUCCAUCUCAGAUGUUAAAGUUUUUAAUGGACAAAGUGUUAAUGUGCUCUUAUUGCGCAGCAAUAAUUUAACUGAUAUUAGAAAUAUUACUUUAUUGACGCAUUUAACGGAACUGGAUUUAUCCUUUAAUCCAGUGGGCACACCCAACAUUAGCACUUUUCAGAAUCAAGAGCGUUUAACUAUUUUGAAUUUAAAAGCCACUGGCAUAAAGAAAUUAACAUUUGGCAUGUUUGCCAAGCUGGUGAUGCUGGACAACUUGGAUUUGUCUUACAACAAUUUGUCAGACUUAAAUCUGGACAUUUUUGUGCCCGCCAAUGCCAAUAUCCGAUCAUUUUUUAUGGAUGCCAAUAAUCUCACCGAAAUUCAAGGCAAAUACACUUUUGCCAAGGCCUUUCCCCAGCUAAUCGAAUUGGGCAUUUCCCUAAAUCGCUUCAACUGCUCCUACCUGCAUUGGCUACUCAUCAAGCCUCAGCUGACAGACUACACCAUUUUGCACAUAGAACAUGAUGACAGUGCCAAAGAGACCACUCACAUACGUGAUGUUACCUGCAUCAGCCAUGUCCAGGAUGAGCUGCAACAGGCCGAACAUGAUUUGGAAUCAUCGAAAAAUUUCCAACAAAUCCUAAAAACUUCGAUGGACACUAUGGCCGUACAUGCCCAACAAAUGCAAAAGUAUCUGCUGGUCAUGUCCAUCACACUGACCUGUUUCAUUGUUGUGCUGUGCACUGUGUGCUUGAUAACGGCCGUUCAGUAUUGGCGCACACAACGGGCGAAGUACUUUCAACGUCGAGGCGGUGCUAUUGUUUUUCAUUCGAAUGCAACUGUCAACACACAUGUGGAGCAGUAGUAAAACUAUCUUUGGGUUCCAUGUCUUUUUUUUAUAAAUUUUUCGUUCGUUUUCUUUUUGUGUGCUUUGACCAACGAAUUUCAUCAUAAAUAAUCACGAUUAAUGUAGACGUAAUUUUAUUUUUAUCAUCAUUAAGUUUGGAUUAAUUAGUAAUUGGAGUGUCUAAAUGUUGCAAAGCAGUAUAUGUAUAUUUUUGUUUAACAAAGUCCGUCUUCAUUGCCUUGUUCGCCUUGGUGUGCUCAGCUUAUGCUAAACCCGCUGUUUUCGCUGCUGCCCCCGUUGUAGCCGCCGCUCCAGCUGGUGUUGUUACCGCUACUAGCUCCCAAUAUGUGGCCC